CUUCACUACUCUCUCCACUAAACAAAAACACUAGAGUGUUAAGUUACAAAAAUAGAAGAGAUGGCAAUUAGGUGUUUAUCCGUGUUCCUCGUUGCUUUCAUGGUGGCUCAAGCAGUCACCGCAACAAGACCGGUUCCAGACAAGAAUGUCGGAGCUGGUCUUGACGACCAAAAGACCUUUGGGGCGUUCGCUGGUGUCGGGGGAGCUGCUGGAAUUGGUGGAGCUGGUGGUGUUGGAGCUGGUCUUGGUGGUGUUGCCGGUGGAGUUGGUGGUGUUGCCGGAUUUUUGCCUGUUGGCGGUGUAGGCGGCGGAAUUGGUGGUCUAGGCGGUGGUGUAGGUGGUCUUGGCGGUGGUGUAGGUGGUCUUGGCGGUGUAGGUGGUCUAGGUGGUGGUUCAGGUCUUGGUCAUGGAGUAGGUGGAAUUGGUGGUGACCCUGGUAUUGGUAGUGGUAUCGGUGGACUAGGCGGUGCAGGUGGUCUAGGCGGUGUUGGUGGUUUGGGUGGAGUUGGCGGUGGAAGCGAUUGCGGUGGCGUAAUUCCACACCAUUGAUGUUAAACGUUUGUUUUUUUUUUUCUUUCUAUAAACCAAAGAUCGGUCGAAACUCGAAAGGUUCAUAAUUAUUAUGUUUUAAGUUCUUUUAUCGAUGUUUAUGUCUAAGUCGUUGUUUGUUUUCUAUAUAUGUUUCUUUUUUUUGUUAUGCUGUUUGUUAGUAUUGAUUACUUGUGAGAAACCUUGUGUUAUCAAUAAAUAGUGUUUUUUUUC